AAAAAUAUUGUGAUAUAAAUAACAUUUUGCUAUUUCACUUUAGUAAAUUCAUUAUAUUGUUUGAGUCAGACUCAGUCAGAUUCAGACACACCGGUGUCGCACUUUGAUUGGUCCCCCAUCUUUUAUUAUGAAAUAAUGCUGAAUUUAUGUGGAAAUGAUUGUUGUACAAAAGCUUCAGAGAUCUGUCACUGAGAUAGAUGAUCACGAGGUGAUAAUCAGUGAACUGCUGCUGAUGCUCCGAAAUGACGCACGCGCAGUUAAGGCAGGGGGACCAAUCAGAGGGGGGUACUGUUCAGACUGUGCGAAAGGCAUUCAGAGUCAUGAUUCAAGUUCCUCCACUGCUUCAUGUUCUGCACACACAGUAUGCUAAGGUGGAAAUGACAAAGGCUAUGUACACCACUGAGGUGUAAAUUAGGAUAGGUAAUUUCAGCUUUUAUUUUAUUUAAUAGUUUCUAUUUAUAUCUAUAGUUUUAGAAGUUUUUUUUUUCUAAAUAACCGGGAUGAGUACUAAUUUCGUACCAUUAACAUGUAAAUGUGAGUUGGCACAACAAAUAAAGUUCCUUGAACCUUGAUUUAGUACACUCCUAUUUGCACCACCCUCAUCUACACAAAUUGAAUGUAUAAUAUUAACUACAAUAUGGCUGCCUCUGCUCUUCUCAGGUCAAAUUCAAAAAGCCUUCUGAUAAAUUCAGAUUUAACAGCUAAAUAUUGAGCCAAACUAGCAAUAUUUUGAAGUUUCUUACCUCAAACUACCCACACCAUCCCAAAAUGCAAUACGACUGCCUCAGGUGGCACAUAUUGUGUAUCCAUAUCUGGAAAUAUGCACCACCUGGUGCAUAUUGCCUAUAUGCAGGCAUUAGUUUCGCAUUCUACGCCUUAUGGCACCGGAACUUCCAGGUAAGUCUCGUCAAGCGCCAGAGCCACUGCAGCUGACUCCACAGAAGAGCAGCAGUCGUGGUCAGGCAAAGUUAUGUCCAUCGCUGGUUCUUCCAGGUGAUCAGUGAGAGGGUUUGGUCGCUGUCUUCACUCCCAAACACUGGGACGAGGGGCAGGAAUGGAGUAGCUGUUCCACUCAAAAAAAAAAAAAAAAAAAAAAAAAAAAAAAAAAAAAAAAAAAAACACAGGGAUGGUUCCUUUUUUUUUUUUUUUUUUUUAAAGAAAUGGCGCACCUGUGUGGUUGACGGCUGCAUCACAUCAGCAGGCAGAAAAUGCCGAGAACAGACUCUGGUGUCACUCAUUACUACAAAAUGAUCCCUCUGAACACUUAUGACCCAUUUCCUUUGGUGCUCAGCAUCUUUCGGGAAAGAGAAAAAAAACUCAAAACAGAGUUACAUCGUGCAGAAGCCAUACAUUUUGGGUACACAGCAGUGAUAGCUCGAUGUGCUAUCCUCUCUCCUCUGAAAGAAAACUUGGUCUUCUUCAGUGUCAUGAAGGAUACAGACAACCACAAAAAUAUGAACAAUGACAAAAUAAAUAAAAUACUAGAAACGUUGUAAACUGAUUAGUUUUCAGAUAUUGAACAGAAUCAAACACUGGCAUCCGUUAUAACCGGAAAUUACACAGCAAUCAGAGAUUUCAACAGAAAUAUGUCACACCACUCUGUGCAUAUGUAGUCCAUUGCGCAUCCGUAUCUGGCAAUAUAUGCAUAUAUAGGCAGUCUGGGUGGAAAAUGCCAAAUUCAGACCCAGAUGACAAUUCUGUUAUACUGCAAGACUUCCAGAACUGUGCAAAGCCACUGCCGGGAUGCAGAAGCACUGCUCCAUUUUUAUUUAUUUUACUUUUUAUGCAUUCUGUGUGUGCAACCCUAACCAUUUCCACGAGCCUAACCAAAAGCCAUUCAAGAGUAAGUAAUCUGCAGCUGAAUGAUUGGUUCAGAGCCUCCUUCCGAAAACCAGAAGCAGGCAACACCCUUCCAAAAAUGGCGGGUCAGUUUAAGGAGUGCAAAAUCUUUCAGGUUGAUCGCGUCUUUGCUGAACGUUUGAUCCAUUUGUGCUCCUGAGUCUUAAUCUGCGUCUCUGCUUUGGGGACGUGGCCAAGCAUGGAGAACGGCAGAGCCCAGUUUCCGUUUCCGUACCAGCCCUACACCAUCCAGGAGCAGUUCAUGAAAGCUCUGUACAGUGCACUCGACCAGGGCAAAGUCGGCAUCUUUGAGAGUCCAACCGGAACAGGUAAGUCUCUGAGUCUGAUCUGCGGAGCACUGAGCUGGCUGAGCGAUUACGAGGAGAGGAGGAAACAGGAGGCAGCUGCUCUGCUGCAGGAAGGAGAAGCUGCUCUUUCUGCUUCUCCUGCAGAAUCCUCCUCAGCAGAACCUGACUGGAUCACAGACUUUGUUCAGAAGAAGGCAGAACGGGAUUUGGUGUCAAAGAUGAAGGAGGAUGAUCUUAAAAGAAAGAAGAGGGCAGAGCGUUUAGAAAUGAUCAGAAGCAACGUUCAACUCAAGUAUACCCUGAAAAGAAAGAGCUGUGAAGAGGAUGAAGCUUUCAAGUUGCUCCAGCUAAGUAAAAAGGAGCAAGCAGAGGUAUCAGGAGAUCCAGAGGAAGAGGAGCUUAUUGUUGCAGAAUAUAAGAGUGAUGAUGAGACAGAGAACACGAGCAGAUUGUGUGGUGCUGAUGAUGAUGAAGAGGAUCUGGUUGAAGACCAUGUCACAAAGAUUUACUACUGCAGUCGUACUCACUCCCAGCUGGCACAGUUUGUGCAUGAGGUCCAAAAAAGUCCUUUCAGCAAGGACAUCAGUGUUGUCACGCUGGGCUCACGGCAGAAUCUGUGCAUCCAUGAGGACGUGCGUCACCUCGGCAGCAUCCAGCGCAUUAAUGACCGCUGUUUGGAGAUGCAGAAAAAUAAACACGAGAAACAACAUCAAGAAGAGGAUGUUAAACGAAAGCGAGGCCCAACAAAGGCUGUGUGUCCCUAUUAUAAGGUUUCAGCCCUGCAGCAGAUGAGGGACGAAGUCCUGGGGACGGUUCAUGACAUUGAGCGCCUGCUAAAGCUGGGCCAGGAAACGCAUGCUUGUCCUUACUACGCCACCCGCCUCGCUGUUCCUCCUGCACAGUUGGUGGUGUUGCCCUACCAGAUGGUACUUCAUGAAGCAACAAGACGAGCAUGCGGGGUACAGCUGGAAGGACAGGUGCUGAUAAUAGAUGAAGCACACAAUCUCAGUGACACACUGUCCUGCAUACACAGUGCAGAGCUCUGUGGAGCACAGCUUUGCCGCACCCACUCUCAGCUCAGCCAGUAUGCUGACCGCUACAAGAGUAGGCUGAAGGCGAAGAACGUGAUGUACAUCAAACAGAUCCUGUUUGUAAUCGAGGGUCUUGUCUGUGUGCUGGGAGGUAAAGUGGGUCAGAAUCCACAGAGCCAAACGACAGAACCAGGAACAAAAAUGCUCACCAUUAAUGACUUCCUCUUCAAGGCCCAGAUCGACAACAUCAACUUGUUUAAGCUGCAGAGAUAUUUUGAGAAGAGCAUGAUCAGCAGAAAACUGGGUGGUUUCAUGGAGAAGUACUCUGGUUCGGGUGUGACUCCGCACACGCUGACCAGCUCCAACAAGGAGAACCGUCGCACAGAAGGCUUAAACCGCUACCUUCAAACGCUACAGAGCAGCCAUGCCACCGCGCAAGUUUCCUCAGUAGACCAGAAGGGGUCUGUAGAGGCACAGAAAAUGCUGGUAGCAUCUCCCAUGAUGCAGGUGGAGAGCUUUUUCCUGGCUCUCACCAACGCCAAUAAGGAUGGCAGAGUUGUGUUGCACAAACAAGGAACUUUGUCAGAGAGCAGUGUCAGGUUCCUGCUGCUGAAUCCAGCUGUUCACUUUGCUCAGGUGCUGAAGGAGUGCAGAGCUGUCAUAAUUGCGGGAGGAACCAUGCAGCCAGUUUCAGACUUCAAACAAGAGCUGCUCUUCUCUGCCGGCGUGAGCGAGGAACGCAUUGUUGAGUUUUCUUGUGGCCAUGUAAUUCCGCCUGAGAACAUUCUUCCCAUCGUCCUGUGCAGCGGCCCAUCUGGUCAGGAGCUCGACUUCACAUUUCAGCACAGAGACUCUCCCAAGAUGAUGGACGAGACGGGCCGCAUUCUCUCCAACAUUUGUAACGUGGUCCCAGGUGGUGUUGUGUGCUUCUUCCCAUCUUACGAGUACUCGAGGAGGGUCAUUUCCCACUGGGAGGGCAGCGGCGCACUGACUCGUCUUGCCAGUAAGAAAAAGAUAUUCCAGGAGCCUAAAAAGGCCAAUCAGGUGGAUCAGGUUCUGAGCGAGUUCUCCCGCUGUAUCCAGAGGUGCGCCGCGGAUAGAGGCGGACUGACAGGAGCGAUCCUAUUCUCCGUGGUAGGCGGAAAGAUGAGCGAGGGCAUCAAUUUCUCUGAUGACUUGGGCAGGUGUGUAGUGAUGGUGGGAAUGCCUUAUCCCAACAUUAAAUCUCUGGAGCUGCAAGAAAAGAUGUCCUACCUGGACAAACACCUGCCUCACAGCGUGGGGAGGAGCCCUGGACAGGCCCUGAUAGAAAAUCUCUGCAUGAAGGCUGUCAAUCAGUCCAUAGGAAGAGCUAUCCGUCACCGUGGCGAUUAUUCCUCCAUUAUUCUGUGUGACAGACGUUACGCCCGACUGGCGACACUCGCCAAACUUCCCAACUGGAUCAGAGCUCACACAAGCACAUGCACAACUUUUGGCUCCGCUUUUGAUGCUUUGCGAAAGUUCUUCUUGGAGAAGAAACAGAAGCAUGUAUAGUUUCUUCAGACUGUUCUCAAUCAGAAUCACCGCAGCAAGGACCAGUUUGGGAAAAGUCUGCUUUCCUUCACAACAUAAAAACACAUUUAUGAGGCUACAUGUUGACCGUUCAGACCUCUGUUAAGAGGAAACUAACCAGACAGUUUGUUUCUGAUGACUUAAGUUUGUCCUGGUUUGACAGCUUGAUUUAAGAGUCCAUACACAUGCUGCAAGCUAAAAACCAAAUGCACCCA